UCCACUGAGAAGACUUCACUCCCGAGAAGAUGGCUCCGGCGUUGGCUUUGCUGGUCCUUUGCCAAGUGGCUUUAUACACAACAGUAACAUCCAAGAACGUAUGUGGCCGUCCUUUUGUCACCGACGGGAUUGAGGAGUCGACCCUAAAACGUCUGUAUGAGCUGGGAGAGGAGGUGACCCCCACAUGUGAAAGGGGGUACUUGCCGUCGACAGCGACCCCUCGAAGGAUGACCUGCACCGGCACAGGAGAAUGGACACGGUCAGACCUGGCAUGCUCCCCCAAGAUGUGCCCAAUCCCUCAACCUCUGCAGCCAUUAGCGAUGGGGAGGACAGAAGCUCCAUUCAAGAGUGUGCUUAACUACACAUGUGAUGACGGGUACGUCAUGCAAGGAGCCAAUGAGAGCAGCUGUUUACAUGAUGGUACCUGGAACAAUCCACCGCCUCUCUGCAAAGCCGUGUACUGUCCACUGCCCAAGCCACCUAGAGAUGGAAGGAUUGCCUUUGAUAAACCAGUUACUGGAAGCACCACCAUGUAUGGGCAAGGCUGGACUUACGAGUGUAACCAACGUAUGGCACCAAGUUUUGAGAGGGGAUCCUGCAUGGCUGAUGGAAGUGCAGCUGAGCCACCGGUGUGCCGAGAGGUGAGCUGCACCAUCCCACCAGCUAUACCAAAUGGCUUCAUCACCUUCCGUGUGAUUCGACAACAUGGCUACAAGGAGAAGAUUAAGUAUGCCUGCAAUGAGCAUCAUAUUCUGGAUGGAGAGGCUGAGAUAGAGUGCCAAAACUCAGGCAACUGGUCUUCCAAGCCAGUUUGCAGAGCUCCCUGCGCAGUUGGCAUCAAAAGAGGCCGUAUCUUCUACAAUGCCAAGAAGCUCUGGAUCGCAGACCUGAAACCCAACAGAGUCCUCCAUGGAGAACAUGUUGCCUUCUAUUGUCUGAACAGAGCGGAGAGGUGUGGCUACCCUGUGGUCAGCACCUGUAACGAUGGGACCCUCCCCAUCCCAGAGUGCUUUGUGGAACCAGGCAAGGUGGAGUACACCGUAAGGGCCAAAACCCUUCCAUCAGAAAUCACAAUGUGUGCUGCUUCACCCCCUGCAAGACCUGCAUAACUUUGAACAGGAUGACCGGAAACUCAUGUACACUGACAGAAUACUUGCAUAACACCAACAGUUGGACCAUACUAUAGAGACAGGUGCCACUUAUAUUCCUGUGCCUGUCAUUAUCAGCUAAUAAUAAAGUCAUUAUUAAUAAAAUAAUGUUAUCUCUAUAUUUGUGCUGAGAUUGCAGUGUCAAUUGCCCUCGCUACACAUCUACUCUGUAAGAGGCGUUUUUCUUUUCUUUCAUGUGUUGCAAAGUGCACCAAGCACGUCACAAACAUU